GGCGGAUAAAGAUGGCAAUGUCUCUCAUCCAAGCGUGCCGCAGUCUGGCUCUCUCAACAUGGCUGCUUUCCUUUUGUUUCGUGCAUCUGCUCUGCCUGGACUUCACCGUGGCCGAGAAGGAGGAAUGGUACACCGCCUUCGUGAACAUCACCUACGCCGAGCCCGCGCCGGACCCCGGCGCGCCGGGCGGCGGCCCCGAGCUGCGCACCGAGAAGACCGAGUGCGGGCGCUACGGGGAGCACUCGCCCAAGCAGGACGCGCGCGGGGAGGUGGUCAUGGCCAGCGCGGCGCACGACCGCCUGGCCUGCGACCCCAGCACCAAGUUCGCCGCCCCGGCCCACGGCAAGAGCUGGAUCGCGCUCAUCCCCAAGGGCAACUGCACGUACCGGGAUAAGAUCCGGAACGCGUUCCUGCAGAACGCCUCCGCCGUGGUCAUCUUCAACGUGGGCUCCAACACCAACGAGACCAUCACCAUGUCCCACGCAGGGGUAGAAGAGAUCGUGGCAAUAAUGAUUCCUGAGCCAAAAGGCAGGGAGAUAGUCAGCCUGCUGGAAAGAAACAUCACGGUGAUGAUGUACAUCACCAUCGGAACUCGGAACUUGCAGAAAUACGUGAGCCGCACGUCGGUUGUGUUUGUCUCCAUCUCCUUCAUCGUCCUGAUGAUCAUUUCCCUCGCGUGGCUCGUCUUUUAUUAUAUCCAGAGGUUUCGAUAUGCAAAUGCCAGGGACAGGAACCAGCGCCGACUGGGAGACGCAGCAAAAAAAGCGAUCAGCAAGCUCCAGGUCAGGACCAUCAAGAAGGGGGACAAGGAAACAGAGCCCGACUUUGACAACUGUGCAGUCUGCAUCGAAGGGUACAAGCCCAGCGACGUGGUCCGGAUCCUGCCCUGCCGGCAUCUUUUCCACAAGUCCUGUGUUGACCCCUGGCUCCUAGACCAUCGCACCUGUCCCAUGUGCAAGAUGAACAUUCUUAAAGCCCUAGGGAUCCCGCCCAAUGCCGACUGCAUGGACGACUUGCCCACCGACUACGAGGGAUCCCUGGGAGGCCCGCCCACCAACCAGAUCACCGGCGCAAGCGACACAACCGUGAAUGAAAGCUCAGUCACUUUGGACCCUGCUGUCCGGACUGUGGGAGCCUUGCAGGUGGUCCAGGAUACGGACCCCACCCCGCAGGAGGGAGAAGUCAUCUUUUCUACCAACAGUGAACAGGAGCCAACUGUAAGCAGUGAUUCUGACAUCUCCCUGAUUAUGGCGAUGGAGGUUGGACUAUCUGAUGUAGAACUUUCCACUGACCAGGACUGCGAAGAGGUGAAAUCGUGAAAUGGCAAAUAUAGAAGAAAGGGAUGGUAGGACCCGAGGGAGAGGGAGGGAGGAGUGCCCCGAGACUUGGACCAGGCACACACGCCUCCAGAACACCUCGGCAUCUGCAGGGCGCUCUGCUCAAGAACGGUCACGAAAAGCAAUAUCCAAAGUCACGUUGAUCGGGAUGCAGUCUCUCCAUCUCUACAAUGGUCCACGGCCUUGGCAGCUUGGAAGUGGAAAGCUGAUUUUCCCUCCCGUGUCCUUGUAGACACACACUUCAGAGGCCCCUACAACAGACUGAAAGGACACUUUUAGGGCUUCUUAGUUUUCAUUUCAGUUUUUUCCCAGUCUUGUUUUCUUGUUUUGGAAUUGUUGUUUGAUUUCUUUGGCAGUUCCUUCUUAAAGACUGUGUAUAGUUUCCUUUAGGUCCACUCCUUUAUUUUUCCUUCGAAUCACUCCGGCUUUUAUAUGGAGCUGUGUUUCCAAGCACCAGUCCCUGCUGUGAUCAGUUUAUAUCCCAUCCCGGAGAUGAAUGACCUUGACCUCUCAGCAUGAAGUGCGCAUGGCUUCGGGAGGUGCCUGGGCACCCUGAAACAGUUGAAGGCCAGCUUUCAUUAGGAAUCUAAAUUCUUUUAAAUGGAUCUUUAAAAUCCCAGCUGCCUGAGACCCCAACACUGAGCUCUGAAUGUGCUGAGGCCACUGCUCAUUAGUUUCAGCGACAUCACACCGGCUUCCACUUGCCUGGCUCUGGGAAGGGCCCAUGUGACAUGAGAAGGAAGCUCUAGGGAGGCCCUUUAAUUUGUCUGGGUCUUACAGUCCGUGGCUGAGAUUCUGAACUCAGAAGUCCCCUCCAGGGCAUGAAGGCCAUUCUCCAUGGCUGUAGGGCUCGUAGCUGGAACCACAAGCCUUGUUUUCAAACCAGGUGUCAUGCAUUCUUCCCGAAAGCAAAACAUCUGUUGUACUGGCUUCCCCAAGGCUAGGACAGGCUUCGUUACCUCAUGUGGCUUCUGCAGGAGAUGGAGGCUUUAGACAAGUCCGCUUUGAGCCCAGUGUCCACAGUGCGGGUUUGACCUUAAUCCCAACACACCUCUGUUACACCUCGCCAGACCUCAGGAAAGGGUUUAGGCGAAUCCUUUACAGGUUGUUUCCCAGGGCUCCCCGAGUUUGUCCAGACGCCCAGUGAGGAGGAAGGUGGGAAUGAACCACUUGGUCUAAAAAGCCCAGCAUGGGACCUGGCUAAGUCAGGUUUUUCCUGACUUAGAGAGACAAAGAGGGAAAGGAAAAGAGGUAUCUGUUUAUGUUUGCAUUCUUUUUUUGUAACUAUGGCAGAAAUGUGCUAUUUUUUUCAAUGGGCGAUUUUAUAAUCCAUGUAGACUCUCCUGAUGCAGAGACAACUAAGGAGGUGAGCAGUCUCUGGACAGCUGCAGCACGUGUCGUCCGUAGGAGGCCGCCGUGUGGGCUGGCCAGGAGAGGGGGCCCCCUCCCUGAGUUCUCCGCACACUGAUGAGGCUCCUGCCCGCACCCCACACUAACACUCACGCAAACACGGAGUUUGGCUCCGCCAUGAGUCCUUGCUGCCUGCUGAAGCAUGAAGUGUGCAUCAAGGGACACCCCCGGGUGCUUUUUGUCACCACCUUUGACCUUUUCCUAUUUGAUGCUUUCUAAGUAGGCAGCGAGGCAAGGAAAACUAUUGCCACCUUGUGAAAUGUCCCAUCUGUCUGGGAGUCCAGCACCUCCUGUACCGAAAUCCAGGGAGGAAUGAAGACAGGGCUGAACUAGGAAUCGGGAGGCCCGGAUGAGCCGCGUGCUUGCUGGGCCUCAACUUCUCCCUCUGUAAGUGCAGGAGUUUCACAGGAUGGCGCCCAAGACUCCUUCUGGCCGCGGGACCAGCAGGGAGCGCUUGGCCGGGGGAGUCCGUUUUUGCGGGCAGCGAUGACAUGCAGCCGACUUUCUGCCUUGGAGAGGCAGAGGUGCUGGGCGUGUAGCAGAGAGCAACAGCUUUGGGGAUUUGGAGCUCCUGUGUUGCCGAGAACGAGCAUCUCAAUGAUUGAAGUUUUCAGUCCACGUUGGAGGGAUUUGGUUUCACUUGUUUUCAAUCCACCAUUAGUCAUGGUUUGCCAUCUCUGGGCCCCUCAAAGCCUGGUUCUCAGCGUGCAGCUCUUAAUCUCAAGGUGUUCCCUGUCUCGGUCAGAAUAGGCUGCAACACCUACUCCUCCUUCUGUCAGCGUGGCCCCAAACAAAUUUUGGUAUUAACUUAAGUGGAAUUAGAAGGAUAAUUCAACAGCAAAAGAAAUAUGCAUUGCAUUUCAUACCCAGAGAGAAAAUGCCUUGUAGCACACAGGCCUCUGUUGGACGAGGCUUCUCUCUUCCUGCCAGUGACCAGGUCCAGCAGGAAUUGAUUGCAUGUGCCCGCAGCAGCCCCUAAUGGGCACUGCGGAGAUGCUGAGGGGCCCGGGAGGCUCACUGGAAGCCUGGGGACCUGACCACAAGAGGCUCUGCUGCAAACCCCCUGAGUCUACGAGGUUCUCCAGUUACCAGAGGUCUGUUUCUGGAGGAUUCUCCUGUGGUUUUGGUAGCUAAAAAAAAAAAAAAAAAAAUUAGGCAGCAUGGAAGGAUGCAAAAGAAAUGGAAACAACCCUUCUCCCACAGUGUUCCUCACCACCCCCCACCAAAGACCUGGGGACCCUGUAGUAAACAGAGGGUUUCCAAAGGCUGGGGAACCCUUUAGAAGUAUAUGCAGAUAUUGCAUAUUUGCUGAUGUGCAUCUUCCUGUCGUGAGUAUCUAGACCAGCUGCUGUCCAAUAGAAAUGCAGUGCAAGUCACACGUGUAAUUUUCAGUUUUCUGCUGACCACAUUAAAAAAAGUAAACACAUAAAAAUAAUUUAAUAAUAUAUUUAUUGAAUCCAACAUUAGUGUUUCAACACGUAAUUCGUGUAAACAUUUUUUUUUGUACUUAGCCUUCUUAUGCUGUCCUGUGUUUUACACUCAUGGCGCAUCUCCAUUUGGACGAGCUACCGAUUGGACAGCACAGGUCUCCAGCUUCCACAAUAUUCUCACAAGGUUCCCUGCCCCUUACAAAGAACAAAAGUGAAAACCUAAUUACCUCCCAAGAGAACCAGACUCCACCCAAGUUGCCUAACCCAAGGCCCAGAGACCCAUUUGUUUUGUAAUGGGUAAAUGUCCAGGCCACCCUUCCUGAAAUUUAUGCUUGAACUUUCUAACCACACCACCAAUGUCCAUUACCACUUACUGUGAUUCCUCUGACCAGUUGUUUUGUAGAAAGUCACACAAACCAUGUUGAUGUGGUGCUGAAACAAAAUUAUAUCCCUCACUUCUAUGGCAAUUCCUUAGACUGAUACCUGGCACUCAAGAGCCAAAGAGAAUUCCACACUGCAGUCAUCCAACUUGACCUCAGCCCCUAGCUGUCCUUCCUUCUGCCUGGCAGGAGGUCUUUUCCUAGUCCGGGUGGCCCCUGAAGAUUUCGGAGGGAAAAGUGGGGAGUUCCGUAUGGACUCCAAAUACAAGACCUUGUGUGGCCUUAUUGAGAAAAAGUCUUCGGGGCUUGUGACCAUCUGGCCCCUACAUGGUGAAUUACGACUGCCUGUCAACAGCCCAGCUCUCAACACAAGUCAGCAUCCUCCUUCCACCCGAGGCUGUGGGCAAGAAAAGGACCAUGUCCCUUCCCUCCGAAUAAUUUAGAGCCACCUCUAGGAAUUGCUACCUCCUGUGUGGCUGGUCCCUUUAGGAGGAACUGAGUCCUGAUUAUGAAUUUUUAUGGAGUCUCCAGGGUUUGUCACCCCUGAAAUGUCAACUGCGUCAUCCAGGCAGGAAGAGUGGAGAGUCUGUGAAGGGAGAAAGUUAAUAGUGGCAAAGGUACCUACCUAUUCUGACAUCACAUAGUAAGUUAGCAUCAUAAACAUGGAGACAAGUCUUUGUCCAAAGAGGCCGUUUGUUAUUUUGUCUUGUUUUCGCAUUUCUCUCAUUCUGGUGGAAACACCUCUGGAGGUUCACGUCUCUGGGUUUGGUCGUAUGAAAAACUGUAGUGCCCCGUGGCUAUUUCAGUUAAUACUCUGACCUCCUGUGGCUGCCAUGCUUUUAGAACCAAACAUGCUGACAGAGGGCCUAGCAUAGGAUUCUUUCUCAUUUGUGACUUUUGUUUAAAUGAAAAUUCUUGCAGAGCAUGCAAAAUAAA